AUGGCCGUCACUAGGAAAGAACCACAGAACAAUGAAUUCUUGACACCACCUCCAAUGUUGACAGGUCGGCUACCACCAAGGCGAGAACAUCCAGAGCAGUCAAAGGUAUCAAGCAUCAUUCCAGCCAAGGUUACUAUGCAUGACCAAUCCCCAACGGUUGGAUUGGUAAAUCUGGCUCCACAGGAUUUGGCCACAAAUAAGCCCAGGCCAAGACCUUGGCCAGCCGGAAAGAUGUCUGUCCCAGGUAAACGUGUCCUGCUCAAUCACUUUGUUGAUAAUACUGGUGGAUCAACCGUGAGGACGGGUGAAGGACAAGUUGGCCCAACAGAUGACAAGCCACUUAUCUUGCAGAGGACUGGAAUGGGUUCAGAAGAGAUAUCUGAAGCAAUGUUCACAACAGCCAAAUGUGAAGACCAACGACUGACCGACAACACUUGUGAAGAACCACAUGCAGCUGUUUCCAGAAACGGCCAUGCAGAGGAAUAUCGGCCAGGAGGAAAUUGUAAAGAUGGGAUGAAGGGUAGGCAAAAGGAUGCAGGUGGUAAAUGGUGGGCGGUCGAUCAAUUGCCUGAACCACCAAAGAAACGAGCAGUGAGGGUAAGGAAGUUGCCCGCGAGGUAUGCAGACUAUGAAUAG